AUGGCUCUAGCCGAGGACGUUAAGCCUGGUCCUUGGUCCAUUGAGCUUGGAACACUGGGAAUUAAUGUAACAGAUGGAGACGGACCUAUUGAAGUUCUGAUAGGUGCAGACGUUGCAGGGAAACUUUACACUGAGAAACGAUAUCUGCUUUCCAACGGGUUAGUUGCAAUGCACACUUUGUUGGGCUGGACUUUAAUGGGAAGAACUACAGUUGAAGGGAAUGACAGGUCCAGUUCUAUGGCAGUAACUUCUUUACUGUCCCCUAUUGAUAAUAAAUCCAUUUCAGAUUUGUGGAGUUUGGAUGUUUUAGGAAUCAAGGAUCCAGUGGAGGUAAAGAGUGAAUCUUCAGUUAAAAGUAGAACAAUGGAACAUUUUGUAGAAUCUGUUUCAGUGGAAAAUGAUGGCAGAUAUCAGGUCAAAUUGCCAUGGGUUGAUGAUCACCCGCCGUUACCUACUAAUUUAAAAGUAGCACAGAAGAGACUCAGUAAUCUUACAAAUAAACUUAAUUCUAGUGGAUAUCUUAGUUCAUAUCAACAGGUGUUGUCUGACUGGGAGGAAUUAGGUAUCAUAGAGAAGGUUAACGAUGCCGAUUUGGAAAUUGGUCACUACCUACCGCAUCGACAUGUGAUAAAAGAAAACAGUCUUACCACGAAAUUGAGACCUGUAUUUGAUGCAUCUGCUAAAGAAAAGAAUCAGCCCUCGUUGAACGAUUGUCUAGAAAAAGGUGACAACCUUAUUGAAUUGAUUCCGUCCAUAUUAAAUCGUUUUAGACUACACAGAUAUGGAGUUGUUGCUGACAUCGAGAAGGCUUUUCUACAGAUUGGUGUACAUAGGGACGAUAGAGAUUUUCUUCGUUUUUUGUGGAUUAAUGAAGAGGGUCAAUUGGUUGUUUACAGACACGCUAGAGUGGUCUUUGGAGUUACCUGUAGCCCAUUUAUGCUAAGUGCAGUAAUAAAACUUCAUUUAGAAAAAACAUUAGACUUGAUAGAUUCUGGAUCGUUAAACUACUCAAGAAAAGUAGUAGAGACACUGUCGAGAAGUUUCUAUGUAGAUAACUGUAUGGCAAGUUUUGAUGACUUUUCAGAUUUGAAUCAAUUUGUAGAUCAAGCGACUUCUGUAAUGAAAGAUGCUAGAUUCUGUCUUCGGAGUUGGGAGUACACAGAAAUUCAGAGUUUCAAAAAUGAUUCUACCUUGACACCUAUCUUAGGUUUAAAUUGGAACAAAAAUACUGACAUGAUUGAGUUGAAUUUUGAAAACUUUGAGUUUAAAGAGCCUGAAAUAGUCACGAAGAGAUCUAUUUUGUCUUUUGCUCACAAGUUGUUUGACCCCAUAGGUAUAACUUGUCCUGCUACACUCUUGCCUAAGAUAUUGCUGCAGAAAACGUGGGAAAGUAAAAUUGGAUGGGAUGACAAGGUUUCAGAAGAGAUAAAACUUUUGUUUUUAGAUUGGGCAAGGCAACUUGAGAUUUUUUCAAAUUUGAAAAUUCCAAGAUAUUUUGGAAAUGAAAUCGGAGGGAAUAUUUCUUGGACAGUUCACUGUUUUUGUGAUGCAAGCCAGGACGCUUAUGCGGCUGCGGUUUUCCUGAGGGGUGAAUCUAAUGGACAUACCACAGUUCAAUUAGUUCAAGCGAAGAGUAGAGUUGCACCUGUCAAGAAGAUGACCAUUCCUCGGCUGGAGUUAUUGGCGGCUCCUAUUGGCGCUCGUCUAACUGACAACGUCUUAAAGAGUAUGGGAUUUGAAAAUGUCAAAACAUUUUAUUGGACCGACUCAACCACCGUUUUUUCAUGGAUUCGUCGAGAAGAUUACUGGGGAGUGUUUGUUUGGAACCGAGUAAAGGAAAUAAGAUCCCUUAGUAACAUUGAAUCUUGGAAUCAUGUUCCAGGCCAUAUGAAUCCAGCUGAUUUGCCGUCACGUGGAUGUUCUCCUAAGCAGCUAGUAGAGUCGAAAUGGUGGGAGGGACCACAAUGGCUAAGAAACUCAUCAAACUUGUGGCCUAACCAAAACUUCAGUGAUGAUUGUGAUGAGAAAGAAGUAAAUUCUGAACUUAGGAAGAUCAAAUCAACUACAAAGAUUCUGAUUAAUUCAAAACCUGAACCAGAUUGUUGGUAUUACAGAUAUUUCUCCAGAUUUGAUAAAAUCGUCAGAUUGGGAGGCUGGUGGGAAAGACUCAUAAGACUAUUGAAACAGCUUCUUCGCAGAGUCUUAGGAAGAGCUAGUUUGAGUUAUGAAGAAUUUUUUACCGUUUUGUGCAGUUGUGAAUCUGUCAUAAAUAAUAGACCCUUGACUUACAUUUCAGAAGACAGCCUUGACAUGGAAGUUUUGACGCCAGCUAUGUUUUCGAAUGGUACAAAGGAGUAUGGAGUUAUUGAUUUGGACCAGAUCAACUACACAAAUUUGUCUCGACGUUGGAACUUUAAAUUAAAAUUAAAAGAAGAUCUUGAAAAAAGAUUUAGAAGUGAAUACUUAAGUCAAUUGGUGUUGCAUUCGAAGAAGAAGAGAUCUCGUCAAGUACAAAUUGGAGAAAUUGUUUUUCUUGGAAGAGACAAUACCAAACGGAUGGACUGGCCUUUGGCGAAGAUUGAGAAGAUACUUCCUGGAAAAGAUGGCAACAUACGUCUUGUGGAAAUGAAAACAUCAAAAGGAACAGUGCUGAGACCCAUACAACAUGUGUUUCCACUUGAAUUGGUCCAGCAGAAAGACAACCAAGAUGGUAAUGAAACAUUCGAAAUGGAAGAUGAACAAGUAGCUGAAGGUGUUGAUCGUGAACAUGAUCAACCUGUUUACACACAAAGAGGAAGACAAAUUAGACCACCACAAAGAUACCUGAAGCAAUAA